UAGGCGACCGAUAACCUGGGGAAUGACCGGUCUUUGCAGAUCGACGCGUUCGACGUGGUAUAGAGUUUCACUGGUAGUUCCGUCUGCGAAAGAUGUGUUUGAUACCUGAAUAUAUAUGUCAGUGAUGUCGAACGGCUCGUCUCGAACUCGGACUAGUGGCCAGAGUCCUUCAAGCUGUGCUGUGGUCGACAAAGUUGUAUUUUGGCCAACCAUAUGUGCCAGGUACGUGUACUUAACAUCGUACCUCCUCGAAUCACCAAUGCGUCUAGUAACUCGAUCUAGCAAUGCUGCGCCUGACCUGGCACAAGAGCUCAUCAAGUUCAUCGCGCACCUGCCUCUGCGACCAGCCCGUGCUGCUCGCCUCAGGGUGGUGCUGCUUUGUAUGCCGUGCGCGACAACAGGCAGCGCCGCGGCUCUACACGACCUCAUGCAGGUACUCGUGUCCAAGCAGAGCAGGCGAUCCUACAGCUGCGCGUUCGGCGAGCCCGAGCACUCAUCUUCGGGGUGCCGCCUCCCGGCGCUGGAGCACCUCGCGUUCACGCUGCUCGACUGGGCGCUGCGCCCCGCGCAGCUUCGUCUCGUCGCGCGGCGGACACCGUUCAAGCGCUCUGUGCGAGUGCGGAAUCGCGCUCGGAACGUGCACAUCGCGUCGCACGUCGUCAGCGCGUCUGACAACUCGCGUCGCUGCCUGGUGUCGUCCGCUCUGUCCGCCCUUGCUCUCGCCGAGUCUAAUGUAAACCCUCAUCGCUUACAUCUCAUCCGAGACAGCCCGGUGCAACAGACGACCUGGAUUACACCACCAAACACCAAAGUACUGUGCGCGGCCAUCGGGGUCACGCCUGCCAGCGGCCCGGACACCAGUCUCGGCAGCCCAUACGACAUACAACACUCAAACUCUAUGUCAACAUGAUGCGCAAGCAGCUCAUUACUCAAACAAACAUCGGUCAAUCUGAAACCCUCGACGGAUACGAGGAGGAUGCGAGGCAAGGCUCUAGUCGGAUAUGCAGUGGCGGUCCGACGUCCGUAGUCUAUCGAUACGUCUGUGCUGCUGUGGUGCGCUAUGAACACUCACCUAAAGACCAAUGUUCCCCGGCUCUUUUCAUCGAAGCUUGGGCGAAUCCCGGCCUUUCCAUCUCAGUUCCGAAGACCCCGGGUCCUGUGCGGUCUGAGCGUC